UCCUCCAUUUUCACCUUCUCAAAAAGCACGAAAGUUCCAUACCUCCAUACCUUCCCAGUCAAGAAAGCAUUUUCUUUCUCUCUCCUCUAUUCACCUUUUUCUUCUUCCUCUGUAUAUGUAAUUCUACCCUUCAACUUCUCCACAACUUUCUCUCUCUUCAAAACUUUGAAUUUCUCCAAUUCUCCCUAUUUAUUUCUGUUUUCAAAAACCCCUUUCUGUGUUCAUUUCAUACUGCAUUUUUUGUAUUAUCUUACUUCCGUUCAGACAUUUUAACAAACACUUGGUAGGCACUGGUGCAGAACAUAGGAAUUCAAAUCUAAUUGGGGGAAAAAGAUGCUGGAGCUUCAAGUAGACACCACCAAAUCUGAACCUGAACCCGAAACCACCAGCUCCGGCGGAGGAAAUACUAACAGCGGCGGAAGACGGCCCAGAGGUAGACCUGCAGGUUCAAAAAAUAAGCCCAAACCACCCAUUAUUAUUACCCGAGAUAGCCCCAAUGCUUUGAGAUCCCACGUUUUGGAAGUUUCUCCGGGGUCGGAUGUGGUAGAAUCCGUCACCCAUUUCGCUCAACGCAGAGGGAGGGGCGUUUGUGUCUUUUCCGGUACUGGUGCUGUUACCAACGUUAAUCUCCGGCAGCCUGCGGCACCGGCUGGGAGUGUGAUGACGUUGCACGGGAGGUUCGAGAUUCUUUCAAUUACUGGGACUGCUUUGCCGCCACCGGCCCCACCUGGGGCAGGUGGGCUGACAAUAUUCUUGGCGGGCGGGCAGGGGCAGGUGGUAGGUGGGAGUGUGGUGGGACCAUUGGUAGCCUCUGGGCCGGUGGUUUUGAUGGCGGCGUCGUUUGCGAAUGCGGUGUUUGAUAGGCUACCAUUAGAGGAAGGAGAUGAGAGAGAGAGCGCCAAUAACAACAAUAGUAAUAAUAACGCCCUGGUGCAACUGCAACCGCUACAACAGCAACCACCUCCACAACAACAGUCACAGCCGCAGCAGCAGCCGACGGCUUCGCAGUCUUCGGGUGUAACAGGGAGUGUGGGGCCACUUGAAGUAGUAAACUAUACAAGCUUUGGUGGUGGUGGUGGCGGCGGUAGUGGUGGUGGUGGUAGUGCAGAUGGUCAAGGUGGCAAUGAUGUGUUCGGAUGGAGGCCACAUUUUUAGCUUGAUUUUCUCAUUUUUCGAGUCGUGGUGUGACUGGUGUCAUUUCGUCGAACAGUUGGUGGGCAAAUAGUAAAAGAAAAUUCAAUGCAAAAGUGGUGGAAGAAGAAUGAGAGAUGAUGACGAGCUCCCAAAUAGAGGUACAAAUUUUGUUGUAAAAAAAGAAAGAUCAAACUUGUGCAAGUUGUAGAGUAGUCACUCAAUCUCUUUUUCAUAAUUUUUUUAGAUCUUUGUUUUAUUCAUGGAAUUGUAAUUUGCACAAUUGCAUGUGGUGAGUAACUUUGGGUUUUUAUUUUCAACUAAUUUGUAGAAUUAUUUUUUCUUUUAAUGAAUUAUGGAAAAUUGGUCAUCAUGAGUUUUUUCCCCA